AUGGCGGACGCACUAUGCGGGCCCUCCAACCCGCUUCAGCAAUUCAAACAGCAAUCGAACCACGACCGGACGCUGCAACAGGAUCGUCUCGUAUCACGAUCAUCACCAGCACAAGGCUUUCGUUCGCUUGACCCGAAUGCUGGUCUUUUAGAUCCAGAGUUUGAAGCGUUCCAAGCGGGAGUCCCUCUUGCAGACUACCAGUCAUACCUACCACAUACCUAUGCCCCUCCACCCCAGCAACGGGGACAAUCAGGUCAAUCUCAAACCCCAUCAUGGGCCUCGGACUUUCAGCAGAUGCACAUCUCUCCUUCGCCUCUACAGCAACAGCAGCCAACCCAUGAUACGGCAAACACCAAUGGAUGGGCACAAGGCUUCCGACAGCACAUCGCACAGAGUGUACCCCGAGCACAGCAGACCUCACCAUUGGCUUUCCAGCAACGAGCACGGUAUGGGUACUCAGGCUUCCAGAGCAACCUCACACCUCAGUCUGCGUUUCAGCCGCCAGCUCAUCAGUCGAAGGGCAAACAGCCGGCGUACGAUACUUUCGAUGAAGCUGCAUUCGAGCAAGCCUUCGAUCAAGCGAGGGACGAUGUGAUGGCUGAGAUGGACACGAAGGAGGAGCAGGAUCAGUUCCGGUCGCUGAACGUUGACCAGCAGAGAAGGGCUGUGGAUGACAUAUUGCGCGAGGCUGGCGUAGAACGCCGACAGGGUGAUCCUGCAGACCCAGAUGUUGUGUUGAAAGAGCAGCAAGACCAUUUCCGGUCGCUUAGUAUCGACCAGCAAAGAGAUUUUGUCGACAAUGCACUACGCGAGGCUGGUGUUCGAACCCAGCAGAGCGGUCUCACAGACACAGUUGAUAUAUUGAAAGAGCAGCAGGAUCAUUUCCGGUCGAUGAGCAUAGAGCAGCAGAGGACGUUCAUAGAUGAUGUACUGCGCGGCGCUGGCGUGGCAGGUCAGCAGGGAAGGCAGCUCGUAGAUACAGAUGCCAUGAUUAAAGAGCAGCAAGACGACUUCCGAGCCCUUGACGCCGAGCUGCAAAAGAACAUCGUCGAUGAUUUGAUCGAUCAUGCUCUUGAGCGACAGCAACCAAUCAACCAACAAGAAGACGUCCGAGCCGAGCAGAAGACACGGCAGGAAGAAGACGACCUGGCUGCUACAGCCCACGAGCUUCUGGAAAAGGUCUCGAACAAUAACACCGACAAAUUCCGCAACAGUCAAUUCCUUGAUUUGAUGCGCAAGCUGCGGGAUCGAGAAGUGAAGGUGGAAGGAGACAAGAUGGUCGAAACUACCACCGCCACGAACUCCUCGCUUACGCCAGCUAGCGCGACAACCACCACCCUCUUCGACAACUCAGAACAGAGGCCUAGCCCCUUAGUUCCUGCCCCUUUCGCUCUGCCACCGCAACAGCGGGUUGUCGAUACCCGCCCGCUUGACUACGGUACAGAUGCCGUCGACACCAGUCGGAUCGAUCCUCGCGAUGGUCAGGACGUGGUGGAUUUGUUGAGCCAGCCCGCCGGUGCUGGGGCGAGAGAUGAGAUAGGUACGUCUGCCCCUUCUGCGUGGAAAGGCACUGCGCCUUUCUAUGGUGAUUUGAGGUCUUUGCACGGUGCGAGGAGUGAGGAGAGCGGGAGCAUGAGUGAGGUGUUGUAUGGAGAGGAUGGAACGCUUGUUGGUGUUGUGCCCGGUGGGCGACGGCAGGGAGGAGGGUUUGCACGAUUUGGUGGUGGAAUGGAUUUCACUGGGGCGAGAUCUUGA